CAUUAUGGUUUGUUCCCAAUUAUUGUUGAUGCUUAUGACAUGGCGCGCCUUUUUCCAUUGGAGUGGGGGAAUUUGGGAGGGAAAAGCCAUCGUACACCUGCAGAAAUGUCAUCCGAGUAUCAAGUGCUCUUCGGCGUUGCCAUAGCAACUGGCGGGUAAAGUGAAUCGAAGAUGUAUGUCAAAUGUGAAUUGCCAUAGCUCACAGUAUCAGUUCGCCUGUGGCAGUUGAGCAGGACGUGGUCCGAGAUCCGACUUUAAUCGUCCAGCAACAGCAAAAAAUGAGUGUGGUGUUAAGUGAUAUACCGGAAAAGGAACAAAUGAAGCUUCGCUUCAUAUUAAAACUUUGGCUCGUGGUGAACGAUACGACGAAACCCUACCUAAGAUGGAACCGGGAACGGACCGUGCUCAUCGUCAACUUGGAAACGAUGAUGCGCAUUUUCUUCACCGGCGAAAGCACCAUAUUCGCAUGCAGAACCAUUGAUAAUUUCCUCUGGCUGUUGUACAAGCAUGCGUUUGAAAAGUGUACCGUGGACGUUCUGGAAGAAUCGGACCGCGAUGAAACUGACCUGGAAUGCAGCAUGGUCUUCCGCCAUCCGCAGUUUAUCGGUACCAAUUCGCACGUGUUUGAUGCGUGGCUGUCGCUUCCGGCCGUCCGGGCGCAUGACCAUGGGCAGCCGGGAAGCUGCACGUUACCAUCGUUGCUAAACUUUCACGUCCGAGAGAACAUUCCGGAGUUUCACGAAGUCCGGAUGCGUGCAAUGUUCGCCAUGAUGCACCUGGAAUCGAUGUUACGGCAUCCACUGAGGGAGCAGAACAGUACUACUACGAUCAAUGUCCCCGAGGCGCAUGUCGAUCGACCGGUGAUGGCUGUACCGCCGUACUUCGAAUCGAACGAGAUUGCAGAAGAGCCUGAAAGUACAGCUAACGAACCAAUGGAGGAAGUGACGGUGAUUGUGGACAACGAAACAUCAUCGUUCCUAAACGAUAACGGACAAGAGACGGCUGUUGUUGCAAUCGAGACACCCAUAACGCUGCAGUAUAAUGACCUGCGAGAACUGUACGAGAGCGUCAACUUUUGGACGACAGACACUGACGGUAGUGUGGUCGAAUAUCACGAGAUAUACGAGGUCGAGAACGUAGCUCCACAGGAGGUCAUGGUUGAGGGUGCGAUGGCAGGUGAGGAGCAUGUGGCCACUUCGGAAGAAAUUCUACUAUUCCAACCGACGGAAACCGGUACACCGAUGGAAGAAGGAAACAUGUCCGCCGAGUACCUGACGGAGAGCGUGAAAGCGUGCCUUCCGGCGAUUGAUUUUGAUUAGGACUUUGGUUUAAUUUCGUUUUAAAGCUCAAGCGAGUGCAAUGGAACUGUUAUUUUAAUAUUUAAAUAAUUUUAAUCACAAUUUCAAGGCGUGUUAGUAUUUUAGGAGAUGUAAUUAAUGUAAUUUUGGCGCAAUCACCAACAAGAUGUUGAACGGUUUUGGGAAGUCAUCUUUUUAUGCCACUAAAGUUUGUGCAACUCAUGUAGAAAUGAUUAGGUCUUACAUCCGAUAACUCUUACUCCUGUGCAGUUUUCUGGUGGGACAUACUUUUCGGCCUCCGUUAGUUUCCGGAUAUCUCGGCUACCUCUAAUAACUCAGAUAGCUUCAAGAUCACCUUUCAACUUCUCAAGCGUUGCUACUAUAUUUCGUGCCAGUAAAGGGUUUAAAGACGCUUAGGAUACGAAACAGAACAUCUCUACUUCUCCUGGAACCUAACGAUGCGUCUCGAUGUGACAUCCGUACCCUGAUUGGUAUUUACACCGAGUUACGAAAUCGUAUUACGCCAAAAUCGACCACUAGAGAACUGAUCUUGACCUUAGAUGCAUAUCUGAUUAAUCGGAGUAGUGUCAUUGCCAAUGGCCCCGCUCAUUCCGAAGCCUAAUGACCGCGCAGCAGCCCACAAGGCUACUGAUUAUGAUGAACGCGGAACACUACAUCAAGUUGCCAUUUUUAUGUUUCGCAAAUGUCGAAGGAAAUCGUUAGAGAAGACAUUUUCGGACCAAACCCGGCAAGCGUGGAGGAGCCCGUGGUCAAGUUCAAUUGGAUUUAGAUUACAGGUGUGUAGCAGCGCAGUCGAACGAUCGAGAAGGCACUCGUAUCUCGCAGGCUAAUUGUGAUGCGAUUCACGGCACGUACUGGUGUACUACUACCGGGCAGUUCGGGGGUGGUAGUCUUAUUUUUGGCCGACUUGUGUUUACAUUUCCUUCCCGUAUCUUCACAGAGGACAUUAACCAGGCGGACAUACGUGGUCAAUGUCAGGCCCGACGAGUUUCGCCGCACCGACCUUCACUGUGAAACUUUCGACCAUUUCGUCAUUGUUUCGUGAGCAAGACUCGUCAAGUGGACUUUCCCGCAACUCGUGCAGAAAAAAAAGCACGAUGUGAAACUGCUGUUUACUCUGACCAGGAGAGCAGCAAAGUGCCAAUCAGCAUAUUAGCGCCAAUUUCAAGGUUGCUGAAGAAGACGUUACAUAAAAUGGUGGUGCGACACAACAAGCACGAGCGGCCGUAUGGUGCAACAAGUGGUUGGAUGUCGCGUAAUGAGUGUUGACCACUGGGUGUCGUUGUGUUCCAGCCCGUUAGGAGCUUCACUUCAAGCGGGAAAACUUAAGUGAGAAAAAUAGGCCAAAUUCCUAUUCGCCCAAGAUUAGCAUCUCGGCAAUGGACGACACAACUUCACACCCCGAAGUGAUCAAAAUUAGUUUGAUAGCUUCAUCUGCAGUCAAUUCUUGGGCUCCACAAUUUACUCGCAAAUUCACAGCUUCCACCAACAAAGCGUGAAGCUAAUCACACAGCACAACAGCCAUCAUCUUGCCGAAAAGGUAUGAUUUUCCGGUCUUUUUCACCUGUUGAUGAGUUAAUUA